AUUUGGUGGAGGCCUUGUCCCAGAUCACCUGUGUGCCCUCUUUCUUGGGAACAGUAGGCUCGAGACAGUAAACAUAGCGCUUCUGACUGGCGGCAGAGUGCAGCUGUUGCUUCCAGUGCAAACUUCCCCUUUGGCUGUGUACCCCAUUCCUGAGCUGCCCACAAAUCCUGGGAGGCUUGGCUGAGGCUGCGAACAGGUGUUUCUACUCCAAUUCUGGCAAGAUGCCAGCAGCAAUUGUGGAGAACAGUCAGGUUAUCUGUGAAGUAUGGGCAAACAAUCUGGAAGAAGAAAUGAGGAAAAUUCGAGAAAUAGUUCUCAGCUACAGCUACAUCGCAAUGGAUACAGAGUUUCCAGGAGUCGUAGUAAGGCCAAUUGGUGAAUUCCGCAGCUCCAUAGAUUAUCAGUAUCAACUUCUUCGGUGUAAUGUUGAUCUUCUGAAAAUCAUCCAGCUGGGCCUAACUUUCACGAAUGAGAAGGGGGAAUAUCCUUCUGGGAUCAACACCUGGCAGUUUAACUUCAAAUUCAACCUUACGGAGGACAUGUACUCACAGGAUUCCAUAGACCUCCUUGCAAACUCUGGGCUGCAGUUCCAGAAGCAUGAGGAUGAAGGGAUUGAUACCUUGCACUUUGCAGAGUUGCUCAUGACCUCAGGGGUGGUCCUCUGCGACAAUGUGAAAUGGCUCUCAUUUCACAGUGGCUAUGACUUUGGCUACAUGGUGAAACUGCUGACGGACUCCAGGCUUCCAGAGGAGGAACACGAGUUCUUCCAUAUCUUGAACCUCUUCUUUCCAUCCAUCUAUGAUGUCAAAUAUCUAAUGAAGAGCUGCAAAAACCUUAAGGGAGGCCUUCAAGAAGUUGCAGAUCAGCUGGAUUUGCAACGAAUUGGACGACAGCAUCAGGCAGGCUCAGACUCUCUGCUCACAGGAAUGGCAUUCUUCCGAAUGAAAGAGUUGUUCUUUGAGGACACGAUUGAUGAUGCAAAGUACUGUGGGCGGUUAUAUGGCCUUGGCACAGGAGUGGCACAGAAACAGAAUGAGGAUGUGGACACAGCCCAAGAGAAGAUGAGCAUCUUGGCUAUUAUCAACAACUUGCAGCAGUGAUAAGUGGGUACCACUCGGCAAGAUAUGGUCUCAGAGUGGCAGCUGUAGUCCUAAACUGUUUCCAGCAGUCUCUCUCAUCCAAAUGACGUCCAACAGUAUGCAUUUGGCAUGAGGACUAGAGAUUUGCUGAAGACAAAAGAUGCUCCUCAUUUUGGUUCAAACUUAGAAGAGGGGAGUUAAUAACAAUGGCAGGAUUGGUGACUUGCCAUCUUUUUAGUACCAAGGACAAGAGGGAGAGAAUUAAUGUAUAUACCUGUGUUUUUUCUUCCUUUUAAAAUAUACUGAAUCUGCAAGGAAGACUUUACUCCAGAAUGUUCAGCAGAACUGAGGUUCUGAAAUGCCAGUGAAAUCAGAGAGACAAAUGCAUUUGCAGAUUGUGCUUUAAGAAGCUUAUUUUAAACUUUUUUGUUGGCUGUAAGGGUGACAUCUGCCCCUCACCCUUUGCUUGUUUUUAUCUUUGUGUAUUCUUCUGUAGAAAUGACCCACUCGUUCAUGGCAGAGUUUUGGGACAGGAUAAUGUAACAGACUUUCCCAGGAGCUAAAACACUGAAAUAGACCUGUCUUGGUAACAGUCAGACAUGGUGUAUUUGAAGCUGAGGCAACCACCUUCAUAGCUCCUAAUUCAGUACAAUUUCCCACUUUCUUUAGUACUGUUGUGUCACAGAGGUGUGUCCCACCUGUAAGACUCAUCUGUCGUCUCAUAGGAUUAAUACAAUAUACUGUUCUGCAGUUGUUUAAAAUGGCCUAGAAGUUUGCCUUUUCUAGAAAAGAUUUGUAACAGUUUGGACCAAAAUUGAUGUUGACUUCAGCUACUUGAUAUUACCUGAUAAUGUGGAAGAUUUUACCCUUUUCAUUACAGCAUGAACAAGUUUAGUAGGUGCAUAAAUGUGAAAAAGUGGCUCUAGUUUUAUAUUUUAGUUAUUUAACAGCCUGGCAAAGCAAUUGGAUUUCCCUUUUAUAGAGAAUAUCCCAAGGGUGGGAGGCUCACAAUUCUUUUUUAAAUAUUAGAUAUUCUAAAAGCACAUACCUAUAUUUUUGAACAGCUUGGAAAUAUGUUUAAAAGAAAACCCAAAACUUUUGCCCAGAGCAAAUUAAAACUCUAUUUCUGAGUUUUGCAUUUUAACAAGCUUAUAAAAAUUCUUGAUUUUUUGCAAUGAUUAAAAUGUUAUAAGCUGGUAUUUAAAAUGUGUGUAAAUACUAUUGAUGUUUUUAAUUUUGUAAAAUAAAGAUUUUUUUUUAAACCA